CGGGCGAGAAGUCCCAUCAUUGCUUCAUAUGUCAGAAGUCAUUCUCAGAAAAGAGUAACCUCACAGAUCAUAUGCUCACACAUACAGGUGAGAGGCCCCAUAGUUGCAACGUGUGCGAUAAAUCGUUUGCACUAAAGAAUGCCCUCGCAAGACAUCUCCGCAUGCAUACAAACGAUAGGCCAUACCAUUGUAACACGUGCGAUAAAUCAUUUGCACAAAAGAAUGCCCUCAGAAUACAUAUCCGCGUGCAUACAGGCGAAAAGCCAUAUAAUUGCGGAUUUUGCGAUAAAUCAUUUGCACAAAAGGGUGAUCUCGCAAGACAUCUCCACAUGCAUACAGGCGAUAAGCCUUAUAAGUGCGGAUCAUGCGAUAAUGAUAAGCCUUACAAGUGCGGAUCGUGUGAUAAAUCAUUUGUACGAAAGGAUAGCUUUAUAUUCCAUAUCCGCAUGCAUACAGGCGAUAAGCCAUAUCAGUGCGGCUCAUGUGAUAAAUCAUUUGCACAAAAAAGUGACCUCACAAGACAUCUCCCCAUGCAUACAGGCGAUAAGCCUUAUCAGUGCCGAUCAUGCGAUAAAUCAUUUGCACGAAAGUAUAGCCUCCUACUACAUAUCAGCAUGCAUACAGGCGAUAAAGCACAUCAGUGCGCAUCAUGCGAUAAAUCAUUUGCGCAAAAAAGUGACCUCACAAGACAUCUCCACACGCAUACAGGUGACAAGGCAUAUCCUUGCGGCUCGUGCGGUAAAUCAUUUGGACGAAAGUAUGACCUUACAAGACAUCCGUGCAUGCACACAG